ACUAGUUGCAUGUCAGCCGGCGAGUUGACCUAGAUUUCCAGUUGAUUCCAGAUUAUUCCAGGUCUUUGGUUUGCAGUUGGUUUUGCGAUGAGCUCAGCUAAGGCGGUUAACGCCGAAGGUUAUUUGGAUACCUCUACAAAUGAAUCAUUCAGCGAAGAUGAAUUCAAGGGGAUCAAAGAUAUGUAAGUAAAGAUUGCUAAUUCGUAACUAAACGACUAAUGCCCCAUUCACACCAAAGCUUAAACAUGUUUAAAAGUUGUUUUGUUAAACACAGUUUAAUUUUUUUUUCUUCAUAGAAACUAUUUAACCAAAUAUUUUUUGACUUGAAUGUAGCAUAUUGGAAAUGCAAGUUAGCAAGUACUUGAAUCCUAUGGAAAUCAGUUCUCUGUUUAUAAUUUUCAUUCAAUAAAAACCAGUUUAACAAAACAUGUUUUGCUGGUGUGAAUGGGGUAUAAGAUUAUAAGAAAUUCGAUCAUUUAUCGGUCAAAAUGAUACCUACUGAGUGAUGGUUAUGAGAUCGAUUGAGGGGAUUACAGGCUGUUUUCCAAGCGGGUUGACCAAGGAGUGAUUGAUGCACAGGAUUCCCAUAGUAGUGGUGUGUCUGCACCACGGGCGUAAGAAAAUUCUGCUGUUUCUGUUCUUGGAGUUAUUCUUGUUAUGUAACACACGCAGAAUACCUUGCAAAUUUUCACCCGACUAUGCUCUUGAAGUUUGCAUUUAUCCAUAAAUAAAAGUCAAGGACCCCUGGCUCUUGUUGACAAAAUAUAAUUGAGUCCCUUUCAAUGGGAUGUUGUAAAACUUGUACCACAGCAGCCAGUCACAAUAACAGAAAAUAUCUUAGAAGAAAGAAGAUCCUAGAAUAAAAUGGGGGGGGGGGACCAAAACAUGAGCAAAACAUGACUGGUUUUAGUUCUGCAUGACAAAUUGGUUUAGUGCGUGGUUUAAUACGUGGUGUAGGUUUCCUUUACCAAUCAUGAAGGUUUAUGAAGCAACACCACUACAUUCCUUGGUUACCUUAAUCCACAAUAAAACUGAAUCACAGAAGAAAAAUGUCAUACAAGUCCUUGUCAGGGUGAAAUUCUGUUAUCUCAGAAUAGGGGCGUAAAGGAAGAAUUUUGGGACGGCUCUUACCACCUAGCCUAUUCAUGAUAACUUCAAGCCAAAUACUUUUCCCCUCAGCCCCUCCCCCCCCUCCCCCCCUCCCCCAUGCACUCAGUCAAUGUGUACAUAAACUGUGUUACAUGGGAAAGGAAAUAUUAUUCUUUAAAGAAAUGUUUUUGAGUGAUAUAGUUGUGAUAAUAUUUCAUACUUUUUUGUAGCUUUGGUGGAAUAACAAUCAACACAGAUGUGGAGAAGUGUGAAAGUAAUGAAGACUUUGAAAGAAAACUUGCUUGUAAGUUCAUUAUUUCUGAAGGAUUGUAUCAACUUAGUUCAAUGAAUUGAUUAUUAAUUUCAAUUGGUUUCAACUUCAUUUUAGUAUCACUGGAAAAAUUCAAGCAGUGUGGUAUUAGGGGAGUUUGGCUUAGAAUAUCAAUAGAGAAUUCCACUUUUAUUCCAAUUGCUGUAAAAGUGAGUCAUAAUGUCUAUAAUUAUAUAGUAUUAAAUGUAAAGAAUGAAGAACAGGAGUUUCCAUAACAUUUUCGUUAAUUAUCUGCUAAUGAUGUAAUAAUAAUGGGCUAUGCCUGAGAAGGGGCUGUAAGCCAAACCCAAACACUAGAACCUGUUUCCCAGCUAAACAGAGGAUGGCGAGAGGUAUUAUAGGCAGGGAUAGAUCAACAGAGAGCACCUGUUAUUGAGAUACCAACAUGACAACCAGCUCCCAGUUGGCUUGUUAGCUCAGUUGGUAGAGCACUGCACAGGUAUCACAGAGGUCAUGGGUUCAAAUCCUGUACAGACCUGAAUUUUUUCCAAGCCAUAUUUUCACUACUGCUUAAGUAGUGUUCAUUGUGAAGAUUGCUUUCAUAUUCAUUUAUUAGAACAUAGUUCACAUAUUCAAAGUUAUUGAUUUAUCACCCCACAGGUUUAUUAUGAACCUAAAUAAAGACCCACUCCUAGUUGGCUUGUUAUUUCAGUUGGUAUAGCACUGCAUGGGUAUCUGAGAGGUUAUGGGUUCAAAUCCUGUACAGCCCUGAAGUAUUUUCAGGCCUCAUUCUCAUAUUCAUGAGAUCUCUGUGUUAAACAUUUGUCAUGCAUGCAGAAAAAUUCAGGCAAUUGCACGUCAAGGGUAUGAACUUGAUUAAAUCAGGGGGGAAUGUAAUCUGCAAUGGACUAACACUGCAUCUAGAAGCAGUAGCAGUACAUCUUGUCUCUUCAUGCCUCUGAAACUGUACUUGGCUGAGGAAGAAUGAGUAGGUUGGCUUAGGUUUAUAAUUCACCUGUCACUUUACCUUUGAGCCACCAGUUCCAAAUGCCUCUAUUUGAGCUAGAGUGGACUCAUUUCCAACCUGAUCUACUGCAAACCAAUUAACUAGCUUUUAGUGGUAGUUUGCAGCCUUUCCUUAUCCCUGGACAGUUCAGAAAGCCACAAAAUUCUAGAACAAACAUUUGUCUUCCAAUUUAAAUUAUCAAUUCAGUUGAUAAUACAAAAUUGACCGGUUAGUUUUAAGUGUGUUAUUAUUACAAACAUAAUAAAUUGUUUGUGUUUGUUUUUUUUUUCCAAGCAUGGUUUCCAAUUUCACCAUACUUAUCCAACCUACAUUGUUUUAACUCACUGGCUUCCCAAAGAUGAACCAAACACUCUGCCAACCUUUGCCACAAGCUACCUUGGUAUGUCUUGUGCUCUUUUUUGUUUGUUCAUUGUACAAGUUUUGUAAUUUGUCAGCCGUAGGGAAUUUUGUUUGAAAAAUGCUGAACUGGACCUUUUAUGAGACUAGAGAAAGACUAAAUUCAAUCAGUGGAAAUUGUGUGCCCUGCAUUUUGCUGCAAAAAAGCAUAUGACUUGCUAUAGUAUGUAUCUAUAUAUUACUGUCAACACAUUAUUUUAUAUAUCUGUUAUUUAUAUUGUUAUCUUUUACUACUUCUGAAGGAACCUAAGCUUACAAGCCUUUUUGGUUUUCAUGAGGUUUCCUCACCAUUAAUCUUCUUUUCCUUUUCUUUAUCAAUUGUUGUAAAUUGUAGUAAUGUUAUGCAUAAUGGCAAUUAACAUCUCAACUCUAGAGACAAUGCUGGUGCCAGUCUGUAAGGUGUCUAGUUAAUACUUUUACCUCCAGGAGUGAUCAAUGAAUACAUUCUCCAUUAAGUUUUAAUACAUUUUUAGGCCGGUAGGUAACAUGAAUUAAGAAAUUAUCAAUUGAUCCAACACCAAAUACUCAGCACUGCUAAUGAAGAAAUAUGUGGUCAUUUGUUGGGAAAAUGAGUUCUCAAAUCUUGGGACUAACAGGGUUGAAAGAGAGUUGACUUUAUGUUCAUAAUGACAUAUUUGCUUUUGUUGAAAUAGCUAACAGUCUUUUUUAUUCUUGAAAGUUAAAUUACUCUGUUGUCAAGCAGACACAGUGGAUGAGUAGAAGAUUAGACCAGUAUCUUGUUGAUUUUCAGGAGCUGGUGGGCUUGUAAUCAAUGAAAAGAACCAGGUAUUAGCUGUCUGUGAGAGAUACAGUAGAAAAAAGCAUUGGAAACUUCCUGGAGGCAUGGUAGACAGAAGUAAAUAUUAACCAUACCUAUUUUCUAUAAAUACACUUUAAAAGAUUGUAUCAGCCACUUACAAUAAAAUUUAUUUUAUAAAUUCAUGCACCAGAACUAAGAGGUUUUUAGGUAUUUUGAUCCUGCAUUGAUGGUAAAAAUUAUGUAAUGUGGGAGUUAGGAAUCAAAUACUAAAUUUUCCAUCAUUUUUAAUUCUUCCAUGGGGAAGCUUGUUAUGUUAUCAAAUGUUGCUCUUUUAAUUGGUUCCUACUGAUGCCCAAUUGGAGGACAGAUGCAUCAAUGUCAUCACCAUUUGCAAUGUUUUGCUCUGUUUUCAUAUUAAUGAAUAGAUUCCAUGUUGCUGUGGGUCUGAACAGUAAUAGAUCACAGACACCCACCAACAUGGAAUCUAUCUGCUAUGGUAAAGUGACAAUCUGUAAUACCAAUGUAAUGUAAUUCCUUUCUCAGGUGAAGAUAUUGUUGAAGCUGUUACGAGGGAAGUGUUGGAGGAAACUGGUAUUCAGACCACUUUCAUUUCUCUUGUUUGUUUUCGUCACAUGCUUAACUUCCGUUUUGGCUGUUCAGAUAUCUACUUCAUAUGUCUUCUGAAACCUUUAACUCAUGAGAUUACAAGGGAUACAAAAGAGAUUGCUGAUGCCCAAUGGAUGGAGGUAAUUACAUCAUGCAAAAACACUGUGGCUCAUUUGAACAUACUAUUGUCAAGCUUGUUGUCAUUGCUUUCAAACUACACCUGACUCUAGGUUAACCCUUGAACUCCCAUGAGUGACUAAAAGAGAUUUCUCAUUACAAUAUGAAGACAAUAUCAAGCAGAAAAGUGAUAAGAGUAAAAAAUAAAAUUUCAAUCAGGAAAUAAUUAGUUGAUCUUAUACCAAAUUCGCUUAACUAACAUCAUGAGAAGUGUAAGGCCAGAUGGUAGGAAGAAUUACUAAAUUAAAUGAGAUCUAGAAGUGAAAGGGCUAAAGUAUCAAGUUUAAAUGAACAACUGCAUGCCAUGGAAUACAAAAUUCCAAUGCUGGUAACAUUUUACAAAGUAUAUGCAAAGUCACAAGUGUGUGAGGAAAAAGCUCUGUGAGAACAGUGAAGCUUGUAACCAAAACAGCUGCUGUUUGUCAGUUGCACUUAUUUGGUCCCACCAUUCAAUUUGAAUUCUAGGAUGUUUUACUUGUAUAGCCAGAUUAUUGAUUUGAAUUCAAAAUGGCAGCAGCCUUUGUCAAAUUUAUACCAGAUUUUAACAGGGUUUUGAGACUGUUCCAGGAGUUCAGUUUGUUAAACGAAGCACGAUUGUAAACCGUGUGGGAGGGGUGGGGGAGAGAACAACCUAGGAAAGUUUGGGUCUGGUAAUCAAAAAGACAGAUUGAGCAUGAAACUGAAAGUCUUGUUGAUAACAAAGGAUACUCCCACCAUACACAUCACUCAGACUAAUUCACAGUUGUUUACUCUUUUCUUGUAGCUAGAUGAAUAUAUAGCAAGUCCUCUGGUGAAUGAUUCAAAUCGCUUCAUUGCAUUGGCCUACAAGAAUAAUUUUCAGAACAAUGACAGUGUAGUAAAGAUUGAAACGGAGCAAAUUCAAGUCCACAAAACAGUUGGAACAUUCUUCACACUUAAUUUUUAUAAUGAUAAAGACCACAAUAGAGAUGACAGCACCUAGAAUACAUCUUUUCAUCAUAUGAAGUUUGAGAUAUUAUUCGAACAUGUGUAGAAUCUUUAUUACAAUAACAUCCAUUGAUAUAUACAACACAAGUGAAUAGUCCUUUGUGCAGGCUGAUUGGCUUUUUCGAAGGUGAAGAGGACGCGCGUUUCUCUACCUGCAGGAAGAUUUGAGACGAGUUGGGGAGAGGUUUGCAAGGGGUCUG